AUGCCAAAUCCGCUGAAGCGCAAAUUAGAAGAAAUUGAAGACGAAUUGGAGGCCAAGAUUCAGAAGAAGAGCGAUGGUGCAGGUAUGUUUAGUUACUUAAGUUUAAAGUUAUUUGCAGAACAAGAGUUUGGCGAUGAAGACGAGCCAGUGUGGUGUCUGAAGAAGGCACAGUUGGAAAAGCCAACAAGACAAUGUCCCUAUUUGGAUACAAUUGACAGGUAAGCACUUCAAAUCAUAAGCUAAUUUAUUUUGGCACACUUUAGAUCUGUACUGGACUUUGACUUCGAAAAGUUGUGCAGCGUUUCCUUACAACAUACCAAUGUAUAUGCAUGUAUGGUGUGUGGAAAGUACUUCCAAGGCAGAGGCACCAAUACUCAUGCUUACACUCAUGCUUUGGAUACAGAACAUCACGUAUUCUUGAAUUUGUCGACUUUGAAGUUCUACUGUUUGCCAGACAACUACGAAAUAAUAGACCCUUCUUUAGAAGAUAUUCAGGUAGGUUUACUUUACCUUAAAAUAUAAUUUUAUUUUUAAUACACUUUUGUACUUAAAUCUAUUUUCAGUACGUUUUGAAGCCGGUUUACACGAAGAAAAUGGUCAAGAAGGUAGACCAACUUCAAUCAGGGGUUCGUGCUUUUGAUGGAUCUAUUUACUUUCCAGGUCUUAUGGGGUUGAAUAACAUCAAAGCCAACGAUUACUCCAAUGUUGUGUUUCACGUAAGUUAUUACCCAUUUUGCAAUAUUAGUGUGCUAUUAAUUUGGCAUAUAAUAUACUGUUUAAUACUUUAAAUGUUUCUCAGUUUUUCAUAAUUUACAAUAAAAACACAACGUACAUGUAAUAUCUAAAUUUUGCAGGCUCUUUCUCACGUUACACCGUUGAGAAACUACUUUUUGGAUGAGGAAAACUACAGCAUGCUCAAGAGACCGCCCGGAGAUAAGUUGGCUUUGUUGCCACAAAGGUUCGGAGAGUUAAUCAGAAAGUUGUGGAACCCACGGGCCUUCAAGUCUCAUGUUUCUCCUCAUGAGAUGCUUCAGGCUGUGGUAGAGUGCAGCAACAAGAAGUUCCAGAUCAUUCAGCAAAGUAAGCAUCUAAACAUGUCAUGCAUGUAUACUUGUUAUUUUAUUCGUAUUUCAAAAUUUUAUCUUCAGGUGAUGCCAACGACUUUAUGCAAUUCUUCUUAAACACUUUGCACAUUGCCCUCAACGGUACGAAGAAGUCGUCUUCUUCUAUAAUUUACAAGACAUUCAGAGGUAAACUGCGACAAUACAGCCGAAAAGUGCUGCCAAUGAAUGUUUCUGAAGAAGCCAAAGCUACGUUGGCUGAGACAGAUGAGUUCAAGGGUAGGUUUACGUUUGUAAAGGCAUAUUUAUGUUUUUUAUAAUAGUUGUAGGUAUUAUAUGUUACGUGUUUUUUGUCAUAAAUUAUUUUUUAAAUUAUCAACUUACCGUAUUUUAGAACAGGCUACGGAAGUGCCAUUCUUGACGUUAGCCAUGGAUCUUCCAGACGCGCCUUUGUACCGUGAUGAACUUCUGCAAAACAUAAUCCCUCAGAUUCCAUUGGGCACGUUAUUUGAGAAAUACAACGGAAUUAAGGAAACAGAAUACAAGACCUACAAUGAAAACUUCACACGAAGACAUGAGGUAAUAGUCCUGCCGGAUUACCUUCUUCUCAAAUACAACAGAUUCCAAAAGAAUGAGUGGUUCGUGGAGAAGAAUCCAACGAUUGUGAAUUUCCCCAUAACGUAAGUAACCGCUGCCUUGUUAAUUAAACCAUGCGCUUUACAAUUUCAGAAACGUCGAUCUCUUCGAUUGCCUAACUGCCGAAGCGAAAGAAAAACACAAGUACACGACUUAUGACUUGAUUGCUAACAUUGUUCAUGACAACAAACCUGAAUCUGGCAGUUACCGAGUCCAAAUACUUCAUCCUGGCACCCAAAAGUGGUACGAGCUGGAAGAUCUUCAUGUCAAGGAAAUACUGCCACAAACAAUUACGCUAGCUGAAUGUUAUAUCCAAAUUUGGAAGCUUAACAAAAAACUAACGAGAGAACAACGAGCUGGCGAGGAAGCUCCGGAGUAUACGGAAAUGACAUCAGCUGCCAAUGCUGCGCAAACUGCCAGCCUUACUGGGCAAAGUGACAUUCUGUCCAAGUAG